AUGGCUCCCGUCCCGGAGGCCUAUUUUCCGUCCCUGGACAAGUGCUUCUCCGGGGACGUUCAACUCUUGUCCUGGAGAAGAGCCUUUCUCUACACCAUUGAUCCCGAAAGCUAUGCUGACGAUGGAGGCAAUAUUGAUGUCUUCUUUUCGCACUCCGAAUCCAUUCGCCUACUCUCUGACGGCCUAAAACCAUUCCCCUCCCCUUCCGCAAAAUCCAAAUCCGAAUUCGAAUCCAAGACCGCCGCAAUCCAUGUCGAGACCAACGGCCAAAGCUCUUUUGACCUGAAGGAGAUCAAGGCCGACGCGCUAUGGUUAAGCAAGCAAGCCGGAAUCGACGAGAUCACUGCUCUUCGCAUCGCUGUAUUGGAAUGGCAGAACCGUCCAGCAACGCGCCUCACACUCGGCUUUUCCAGCGAGGAAGCGACCAGUCUACAGAGCGCGGCCGGGACCGAGAAUCUUCGAGGCUCUCUAGCCGGUCCCAACUUCGCCAGCCUAUUGAACCAAACAGCUCGGAGUGACGGUAUUCAGUCAUUCGAAAAAGAGGAUAAGAGGCGCCUACGACUCCGCGAGGUGUAUCUCUCUGAGGCAAGUCAUGUAGUAAAGACGCUCCGCAAGCUGCUUGCUCUGUCCCUACACGAUGGUAUCUCAGCCGACUCGACCGCCCCCGCCAGUCAUGAUCACAAACUUGCUUUGCGAAAAAUAGGGACCACAAUUUUCCAAGACAAGUCGGCCGGUGAUGGAUUGGACCGAUUCCUUCAAGAAUGUAUUAGCUCGAUACGCAGUCGGUUAACGAGUCUGGAAGGAGACGGUGGCUGGCUCAGUGCCACAGAAAGCAGCGAGGAAGUUGAAAACAUCUGGAGAACAAGUCUCGUGGAGGAGAUUGUUCAUAUCGUGCAACUCAUGUUCCACCAGCUUCAAGCCUCAGUGGAAUUCCCAACCGGAGACCUCCUACUGUCCUGGCUCCAACUCAUGGCCGAUUAUAGCUUCUUGGAGACAAUACAGGUGCCCUGCCAACAACCCGUGGAAGUGUUGUUGCCCCUUCAAGCUUUCGUGUCACUUACCACAUUGGCAUUUUUAAAACCCUCCCUCGCCAUCUCUUCCAUUCAGAAUGAGACACACAUGCGAUCUUCGCCCCAGCCUUACUUCUGGUGCAAGGAGAAAAUCUCUCAAAUCAAUGAGAUAUUUCUUACUGCAUGCGGCGAUUUGAACACUGCGAAUCCCGCAGCCUUUUCAUGGGGUCUGAUCUUGUAUACCAUCCAAGAGAUAGCAGAAGACAAGAGAAACAACAGAGAGCGUGAUCUGAGCCGUGAUUCGGCUGUCUCGUACAACGAGCAGACACAUAAUGCAGGGUUAUCUCGAGCAUCCGAACAGUCAGACUAUGAAGAAUUGCUUGACUGCGCCAGAACCCCGCAAAGCACGGCCGAAGAUGCUAUUCCUAUUCUUACAUCCGAUGCUCUCAAAGAAUCGGCGUUUAACACCGUUAUCGCACUGGCCAGUAAGACCGGGUCAAUGUCAGCGGUCGAUGAUGGGCUGACAACCCGAUGGGCUCGGCUUUCCCUUCUCGACCUUAUCCGAGUUGCUAUUAUGUUCUUGGAUUACUCCCCGGAAAUCGUGGGGUCAGUCCUGGCUAUCCUAGGUGAUGAUGACAAUGAGCUGUCAAGAGACUCGGAUUCUCUAGGGCCUGCUAGCGAUCCUAAGUCUCUAUUCGCCAAGGAUCAGAAUUUUAUGGACGGCAUCUUUCGCGUUGCACGGUCCCGUUUCCCUUAUGAAACGGCACCAUUCCUGCAGCUCUGUCGUGCUCUUGUCAGUGGGCAUUCUUUGAAUGAAGAAGGCUUGCCGGCUAUUCUUGAGGAGGUGGAGAACAUGGAAUCCUUUACCCAGAUUGUCUCGCCCACUUUCCAGGGCUAUGCCACCAUUCGAGAGGACGAGAACGCCGAUUUUGUGUCCCUGCUCCAACCACUCCCAAUGUUUGAAACAUUAUCUCAGAACCGUCUCUUUGAGAGUGAACCAAGCAACGCUGUAAUUGUCAGCAGUUCUUCCGAAAUUCCACGCUUGACCGUUGGUCAAGUCAUUUCCGAUUCAAAACCCGCGGUCAUUAUGUGGGAGCAUCGAUAUUCUUGCUUAAGCUUUCUAGGAAGCUGGCUUGAAGAAUGGAGCGAGACCGGCGGACACUCGCCUGGGUGGACUGACGACACCGCCACCGAAAUCAUUGCUCUUUUGACAGACUUGAUAGAAAACUCUGAGACACAACGCUCUGGCGAUGCAAGCGGCAAGAGAAUCCUCGAGAUGGCUAGUGAUGGGUUGUCUAAACAGGGUGAUAUCAUUUCUGUGAUCUUCGAUAUCUUUGAACGCAAUCUGCAGACUAUCGGCACUCGAGGAGAUUUGGGCAAGUCUUUGGACACAACCAUGGCAUGCCUGCGCUUUAUCAAGGCACUUCUAAAGAUCCUACCAAAUCGAGUAUGGCCUUUCCUUGGCCGCAGCAGUCUCAUUGGGUCCGACGGCAAGGGUGGCAUCAUGACAGCGAUCGUUUCAGCAAUGGAAAUUCCUUCCGGCGAGUAUCCGUUCCUUCUGAGCUGUGUCGACCUCGUGGACGCUGUCAUCGAUGAUGCGGCAUCUCGAGCAGUAUUGCGAAAGAGCCCGGGCAGCGUGUCAAGCAAAUCAUCCAUUGCGUCUGAUUGGAGUGCCGGUAUUCCAUCUCACGUCAUGAGGACUAUCAUGUUGAACUUCACACGCACAAUGGUGGAGAUUUUCAACAGCAGUGGAAAUUGGAGGUUCAAUCUACCAGAACAGCGGUUCAAGAUCAACUCGAUGCUUGCGACUUCGUUCGAACGUGUUCUGUACUAUGCCUUCGGAAUCAAUGACAGCCCGAAACUCGAAUCUAAAGUUACCGGCGUCUUCUCUACAUCCGCAGCGUACAUUCUGGACAUGUUGCGCCCUCGCUCGACCGCUGACCUGCCCUUCAAUCCAAUUCUUCGGCUAAUCGCCGAGGGUCUCCAGACUCCCCCAACACUCCACCUCAGAUAUCUCACCCUUUUCGAGAACCAGGUAAAAUCUACGCUGCGCCUCUGUAUCAAACUUGUACAGGCAGCUCAACUGGCAGAACAACCCGGCUCACUUCUGGAGGAACAAUUGUUCAAGGCCAGCCCAGUUCUAGUCAAACUCUACGCACUGCAUGAUGCAUACAGGCUGCCGGUUGUGUCCCUCUUGGAGAUUCUAAUCUCCAGCGCUGCUUCAAAUCCGGAUAAUGAGCCCCCUUCCCUUGUUGGCCACCUUGGGGCAGAGUCGUCCUGUCUGUUCCUUGAUGUACUGUCACAACUCGAUAAGCCGAUGUGUGAUAGGCCUCUACUUCUUGCAGUAUGGCAGCUGCUAUCCACAUUUGUUAGCAAGCGCCAGCAGUGGCUUGCUGUUUUCAUUCUUACAGGAUCAUCCCCUCGCCAGACUAUGAAGAAGGAACCCAUUUCGGGAGGUCUGAGCAUGAGAAGCGUGCCUUUCCUAAAAAUGGCACUUGAGAAAUUGUCCCACAUUGAUCAGCAAGAGCCGCAAGUGGCCCUGGCAUUGCUCGAGUUUGUCUCUCGUGCGCAAGAAAAUUGGCCCUGGGCCACUUCCCAUCUGAGCAAGCAUCCUCAGUUCUUCAACAGCAUAAUUAACCACGUCUCAAAGUUAAAGAUUUCUUCUCUUCCGGUGAUGGACCAAAUCCAUGCCACGCGGAUUGCAGCCGUUGUCGCGGACCUGUGCGCGGUCUACCUGCACUCCGCAAAGGAGGUGGGUGACCGAAGCUUUAUAAAGACCUUGAUUCCAUUGGUUUCAUGGUAUGCCAAGGAUGCAGUUGAGGUUUCGGCUUACAAUUCCUCAUUGCAUGCCAACUUGAAGAAGAACUUUGAGAUGCGGUACUCGGGCUGCAAGAUCGUUGACUUCAAAAGGACACCGCUCGAGGUUCGUAAUCUAGGACGAGAUUACUACUACGACUUGAGUAUGGGAGACAAGCUGCUGUCCUACGACUUUGCCUGGGCUGGCACCAAGAACCGUGGCUUUGCCGAGGAGUUUGAGCGCGCCAACAUCAAUUUGUCUCUUGUUGAGGCGCAAGUGAGCCUUCUCCAUAGCUGGAAGUUCUUCGCUAUCGAACACUGUGCCGAUUUCAUGCCGGAUACCGAAGUCCGGAAGUCGAUGGCACUGGUCGCUCAAAGUUGUUUGAAUGCCAAUAUUAGCAGUGGACCUCCUGAAGCCAUCUUCGAGCGAAUCCAACAAGCGCGCGUUGAUUUCGCCCAGGCACUUCUCCAGCGGCUUGUCGAGGUACAAGCUAGAGGCGCCGAAGUCUUCCAGCUACUUGAGAUCACCUGGAAGGCACUGCGAUCCCGACACCUGACAUAUGAAGACGCUUUGAUCAAUGACGAUACCGAGUACUUCCGGUCUCUCCUGAACGUACUGUUCCUUUCCCUUCAGUUCCACCUGGAUAGCCCCUCUCGGAGUGCCCCCGAAGCAAUCAACAAGAGGGCUGAGGUUUCUUCGGAUCUGACUGUCAUCGUGGAAGUCGUGAAAACAAUAGUGGCCCAAGGCUUCAAAUCCCUUACUACCUACCUCCAUGAGACGCCAGAGAAAUGCGCACCGAAAGAUUUCGCCAUUAUCAUUGCUAUUCUGCAGACAUGCUUGCAAGUGAAGAACGCCGAUCGCCUCUAUGAGCACAUCGUGUACCACAUUGAGGAACACGACACCGCUCGUCAUGCGACGACGCUCUUCUCCUGGGCCGAUCAAUUAGCCGUGGCAGGCGACCCUGUGUACGCAGAGCUCAGCGUCUCGAUCCUAGUCAAGAUGUCAACCCUGCCCAUGCUCGCAGAGCACCUUGCUGUUGAGGCUGUCUUGAUGAAACUAUCCACCUGCCGUCUUACAAGCAUUCUUUGCCAAAAGAAAUCAUUCGGACCCUUUGAUCCUGUUUCCCGGCUGUACACCAUCUGGACUGGAGGAUUCCUUCCUCUGUGUCUGAACAUGCUCUACAGUGUUAUGCGGACCGCGCCCGAAGUCGCAGCGUUCCUCAACCAAUUCGAAUCGCGUCUGACCCGCGCGACAGAAGCAUUCUCCAGCCAUACAGCUGUUUCGUCUGUUCCGACAUCCAAGUGGAUCAGCCUCAGCAUGGUCUCGGAGGCCUACUCGCUCGCACUGAUCUCGUUCAUCCUGGACCGGUUCCGCGAGGCGGGUGCCAGUGCUGGUGUUGACGCACAGGCCAUCCAAGAUCUCAAAUGGGAUAGGGUACAGGUCAAGGAAGAUAUUGAGGAGCUGCUCGCUCGCCGGGCUGCUCUGCGCCCACGCAUUGUGGCGACCAAUGAGAAGGAGUUGGAAUGGUCCCGACAAAAGCCUGUUGAUCCAACUUCCGGGGCGGAGAACCGACUGGAGGAGAAGCUUGUUACCUCUUUGCUCCUCAAAUCCCCCACAGCACCUCUCUCCAAAACCCACAAGUCCUACCUCGAAGCAGCCCGCCCCGAAACCCACUACCUCACCACCCAUGAUCUCCGCCUCUGGAGCCAGCGACUCGCCGCCGGCCUACGCAAAUCCGGACUGCAACCAGGCGACCGCAUCCUCCUCUUCUCAGGCAACGACCUCUUCUUCCCAGUCGUCUUCCUAGGCGUGAUAAUGGCCGGCGGGAUCUUCACCGGCGCAAAUCCAACCUUCGUAGCCCGGGAACUAGCCUACCAACUCCAAGACAGCGGCGCCACAUACCUCCUCUGCGCAAGCAGCAGUCUAGAAACAGGUCUAGAAGCCAUCAAACAAGCGAACCUCCCCCCGAACUGCAUCUUCGCCUACGACAACUCCAUCUACGACGGCGUCGCAACCCCACAAAAGGGCUGCGCGCACUGGAGCGACCUCCUCGCCUCAGAAAAAGAAGGCAGCGCCUUCAUCUGGGACGAGCUAGAUACACCAGCCCUCUCGUCCCGCACACUAGCACUCAAUUACUCCAGCGGCACAACGGGCCGUCCCAAGGGCGUCGAGAUCUCGCACAAGAACUACGUCGCGAAUAUGCUCCAGUACUGUCACACGGCAAGUCUGCAUCCAGACAACGAGGCUCGUGUUGCGCGCUCCCGCUGGCUGUGCUUCUUGCCUAUGUAUCAUGCGAUGGCGCAGAAUAUCUUCAUUGCCGCGGCGCUGUACCGUGCCACGCCGGUGUAUAUCAUGCCCAAGUUUGACUUUGUCAAGAUGUUGGAGUAUACGCAGGAAUACCGGAUUACGGAUUUUAUUCUCGUGCCGCCGGUUGUUGUUGCGUUGGCGAAACAUCCUGCUGUUGGACAGUAUGAUUUGAGUAGUGUGGAGUCGGUUGGGAGUGGUGCUGCGCCGUUGGGCAGGGAGGUUUGUGAGGAGGUUGAGAAGUUGUGGCCUCCCGGGAAGAUUAAUAUUAAACAGGGAUGGGGGAUGACUGAGGCGACUUGCUCGGUCACCGGAUGGGUUCCUACUGAAAUUAGUACUUCUGCAUCUGUCGGUGAGCUCAAUGCCAAUUGUGAGGCGAAGAUUAUGUUUGAUGGAUCAGAGGUGAAAGAGCGGAAUUCUCGUGGCGAGUUGUGGGUUCGGGCUCCCAAUGUGAUGAAAGGCUACUGGCGCAAUGAGAAGGCCACUAAAGAGACUAAGACUGCGGAUGGCUGGCUCCUGACGGGAGACAUUGCGUUUGUGGAUGACAAGGGCAAAUUCCAUGUUGUGGAUCGAAUGAAGGAAUUAAUUAAAGUCAAAGGCAACCAGGUGGCGCCCGCGGAGUUGGAGGCUCUUCUCCUUGAACACCCGGCGAUAUCUGAUGUCGCAGUGAUCGGAGUUGUCAACAACAACGAUGAGCGUCCUCGCGCAUACGUGGUGCUUAGAUCGGGCCAAUCCGCCACCGCCAACGAGAUCGCGCAUUUCUUGGACAACAAGGUCUCCGCGUUCAAGCGGAUUACCGGCGGAGUUGUAUUCCUCGAUGCGAUCCCUAAGAAUCCUUCGGGCAAGAUCCUUCGCAUGAAAUUGCGAGAGCAGGCCAAGGAGGAGCUGAAGAGUGUCACCGCUAAACUCUAG